AUGGCUGAUGUUACCCCAUUUACUGUACACCUCCCCGACUCCCUUCUUGAAGAGAUCAAGAUCAAGCUGCGCUAUGCCCGUCUGGACGACGGCAUGGGCGAGGUCGAAUGGAACGACCUGGAGAUCGGACAUGAGUCUCUCAAACAGCUAGUAGAAUACUGGCGCGAUGAGUACGACUGGCGCAAAUACGAAGCAUUUCUCAACACAUUCCACCAUUUCAAGACCCCAGUUUCAGUACAAGGGUUUGAGGACAUUGAUUUACAUUUCCUUCAUCAUCGCUCAUCCAGGAAGGAUGCGGUUCCAUUGCUUUUCGUUCAUGGGUGGCCCGGCUCAUUCUUCGAAGCGCUCAAGAUCAUCCCGCUCUUGACGGAGCCAGGAGAUAGCACCAAGCAGGCUUUCCAUGUUGUGGCUCCUUCGCUUCCCGGAUAUGGGUUCAGCUCGUACUCCAAGAAGCGCGGAUUCGCUCUCAAGCAGCAUGCGGAGUGCUUUGCUGGGUUGAUGAAGAAACUGGGCUAUGAGAAAUAUGUCUGCCAGGGCGGCGACUGGGGCUCUUCGAUCGUGCGGUACAUGGCCCUCAACUUCCCUGAAUCCGUCCAAGCCAUCCACAUCAACAUGUUCCUCGCGCUGCCACCGGACCAUCUCAAAGAGAAGCCUAAAAGCGAGUAUAGCGAGCAAGAACAGAAGAACAUGGAGCGGACUGAGUGGUUCGCGACCAACGAGAGAGGGUACCAGCGCAUUCAAGAGACAAAGCCCGUAACACUCGGCUACGCAUUCCACGACUCUCCAGUUGCGCUGCUUGCGUGGUUCGUCGGCAAACUCCACGCCUGGACGGACAGAUACCCCUGGACACCUGACGAGCUCAUCCACUGGGUGCUUAUCCACUACCAAGGCAGUCCGAGCGCCGCAAUGCAGAUAUAUAAGGAGGCUGCGGCGGUGCUGAAUGAGAAUCCGAACAGUAUGCUCGGGCGGUACAUUAAGCAGCCCGUUGGGGGGUCGGUGUUUCCGAAGGAGCUCUGGAUAUCCCCGCGCGAGUGGAUGGAAGAGAACUGUAACAUCAAAUUCUGGAGACAACAUAGCAGCGGCGGACACUUUGCUGCGUGGGAGAGGCCGCAGGAGCUGGUCGAUGAUGUGGCUGAAUUCUAUGCGCGGGAUGGGCCGGUCUUUGGUUCGUAG